AUGCCUCGGAAGAUUCUCACGGACCGAACACCGGUGCAGUUCAAAACGCCAGAGUCUAGUGCCCAGAAUCGUGAGAGUCAGCGGCGCUCCAGGGCUCGGCGGAAGGAGCUCAUCGACAACUUGUCAAGGCAACUGGAAGAAUACAAGCGCCGGGGCGUCCAGGCGUCCCUAGAUAUGCAGAGGGCCGCCAGAGCCAUGUUCGUUGAGAACCAACGGCUACGUGCCUUGCUCGCCUUGCUUGGCGCCUCCCCGAGCGAUGUCAGUCAUUACUUGUCCUCCUUCCCAUCGGCCGGGCAGGCGUGGAUGCGGGACGUCCGUUUAGCUCCUUCCGGAAUCGGUCUGCCUGCCUCUGACCAAAAUUCCUCGUCACUGAUACCGAGUCGCAUUACGUCGACAACUAUCACGAGGCGGAAGGCACCUGCGACCGCAUCAGGGGCAGCUCUUCCGGAGCAGGCAUUGUCCCCGACCGGCAUUAGGCGCAGUUUUGACGCAGCGCGACAUCAGCAUCAGGUCGAGGGGGAAGAAUACUGCCAACAGCCGGGUUACGAGGACAAUCAAAACCCCGAGCAGGUUGGGCGUUACGUGGACGAUGUGCUUCCGCCAAUGUCAGACUGUUGUUGUCCUCCUGGACCACCGACAACGGAUGGUGGUCGUACGGAAAUGCUUGAAACGCCUUGCGAGGCAGCGGCGGCGAUACUUGUCGAACUCCAUGGCCAAGCUGAUCUUGGUCAGACACGUGUCGCCCUUGGAUGCAAUGGAGCGGCCAACUGCUCCGUAAUGAACACCACGAUAUUCAGACUGAUGGACGAGCUUAACGGUGAAUAG